AUGGAUGGUAACACUUAUACAGCGUCUUGGGAUCAUAUUGUUGCUAUGUAUGAUUUCGAUAAGAAAAAUGAAGAAUUUGAACUAAGAACCCUUGUAAAAUUAAACGACAACCACAUUAACAUUGCCAGAAGCAAAAUGAAGGUUUCGAAUGCAGCACAAGUCUUCAGCCACAGAGUAGCUUCAACAAUGAAAUUGGUAUCUGAUAAUGCCCCUAAAGGAAGUUUGCUGGCCAAUGCUGUAGGCACAGCCAAAUUUUGUCUAUUCAUGGAUAAGACAUUUGAUUCAGUAAAUGCCAGGACAAUCAAUCCUGAGUUGGGAAAACCACUACGAAGUGCAGUAACAGAUAAAUCUCCCCACAUAGAUCACUGGAAAUAUGCAAUUAAGGUUUUUGAAUCCAUGAAGUUUGUCAACAAAACUAACGGUAAAUCUACUAUACCCCCUUGUAUCAAAAACUGGAUAAUAUCUCUAAAAUCAUUUCUAUACCUUUGGAUUCAACUGAAAAAACAUAAUUUUAAAUAUUUCUUGCCAAGGCAUGUCAACCAGGAUUCUUUAGAAUGUUUUUUCGGUAGUGUUCGAAGUCAUGGUGUCAGAAAUAUUAAUCCAGAUGCAUAUCAAUUUGUUUGUUCAUUUAAAACAUUAUUGAUAAACAAUUUCACAUCCAUAAAAUCUGCUGGGAAUUGUGAACACGAUGACAGUGAUGGAACAUUGGAUAAUUUAAAGCAAUUUAUUGAAAGUGGCACAAAUUGUUCAUUGAAAGAACCAGAAGAAAAUAAUAUAAUUAAUAUACCCAUGUUUGACCUACCAAAUACAUUUGAUGUAUGUGAUUUCACUGAUAUGACAAUUGGAUAUAUAAGUGGAUAUUUAGCUCGUACGGUGCUAAAGGAAAAUACAUUUUGUAGACUUUGUAAAAAUAUUCUUAUUUCAAAUGUCAAAAAUAAUAAUUUAAUAAGAGUUAGAGAUUAUACAACUAAAUCUUUACUUUAUCCUAGUGAAAGCUUUCAAAAAAUAAUAUAUCAAAUGUUGUAUAUUACCAAAUAUAUUUUACUUAAUAUUGACAAUGAAAACAAUGAGAGUGAUGAUGAAUAUGCCAUUGAAGACGGAACAUUACUAUCAACAAAUGAUAUAGUAAAUCAACUUUCAAUGAAGAAGUUGAUGAUCAUGGUUGAUAACUUGCAAGAAAUUAUUGUUGCUGCUAUGGAACCUAAAUCUAUAACAUCCUGUAUUAGAUGCUCUGUACACUCAUUACAAUUGUGUGUACUUGGUAGUAUAAAAUCAGCAGCCAUAUCUAAUUGCAUUCCCAAAGCUAGAGAGAUUGUAAAGAAACUACCCAGAUAG